GGCAGAGAGAGAGAGGGGAGGAAAGAAAAGAAAAGACACACAGGCUGAUAGAAAGAGUAGAAGACAGAGAAAGAAAGAAGGAAGCCAUUUUGGUUCCACAGCGACAUGUCCGCCUGCACUUUGCUUUCUUCUUGAGCAAAGACUCUAGAGUUAGAAAGUGGAAGCAGUGGUGAGGAACGAGGCCCGUCUGUCUGCCGGAUGGUGGAUGAGCAAUCGAGACGAGAAAAUAAAAUCUGUCAAAAACCCACAGAGGCUGCAAGCGUGAAGAAUUACAAACCUUCUCCAGGUGAUCGUCAGAUCGUGCUUACCUCUCCGUACAGAGAGGUACGGUCUGGAGUUUGACGUCAGCCGGACGGACGGUGUGUCUUUGAGAGCCAAGGAGACGUGAGGAGGACGCAGGAUGAGCUCGGACCGAGUGCCAUGCAGGUCGGACGUGAUGGGGUGGAGCCCCCAGCAGCUGGCAGACUACCUGAAGAGGAUGAAUCUGUCCGGCUGUGAUAAAGCUGUGCUGAAACACUCCAUCGGCGGCUCCAGAUUCGUGAAUCUGAGCGAUAACGACCUGCAGAAAUUCCCCAAACUCCACGCUCCGAUGAUCUCUAAGAUCAGCAGUGAAAUCAGCAAGAAGGAGGAGCGGCGAGGCCUGUUUGGGAAAAAAACGAUGCCCAAAUAUCAGGAACCAGACACCACUGCUGAGGUCCACGGCUGGGACGAAGACGAGUUUGAUGAUGAAGAGUUUGAUGAUGACUAUGAGAGUCCGAACACCUGUGAUGAGGACGGCAGUGGGGGAGAUUACGAGUCCCCAACCGAUGAAGGCGAUGGGACCAACGAUUACGAGCCUCCUCCCUCCGAACCUCCAGAGGACCUGGCUCACAAGUUGUGCCCCACCCUGCCCAUCGGAGACGGCGAUUACAUUGAUAACAGGGAUAACCAUGUGUCGUCCAGAGGGCCCCCCCCAGCUCUGUGUCCCCGACCCCCAGUCUCCACCCUGUCUCCCCGGAUGCCGGGAGAGUCCUCGUCCAGAAGAGACCUGUCCCCGCACUGCGGCGGACGACCGUCAGGAAAAUUUCCUUCAGAGCCACCGCAGAUCUUUCGAGACAACAAACCAGGCAGAGAGUCAGGAUCCAACUCGUCCCCUGUCAGAGGACCGCACCGCAACACGGUGGACAGGCCAGGCACACGGUCCUGGAAGCCACAGCAGGACAUCCAGGACCCUCCCACCUGGUCCAAACCUCCGGCUCUUCCUCCAUCCUCCAACUCCUUGGCCAGGGCUCCCCACAGCAGGUUUGAUGCAAGGAGAGAACAACCACACGAUGAAGCUCCUAAACACAACACCUUCCCCCUCAACAGUAAAAGUCUGCCCCCCCGCCCUGGACUCCCUGGGCCCCCCUCACGCCAUGGAGACAGUCUGCCUCCCAGUGUCCCUACUGCAGGCUCUCUGCCUCACAAACUGCACUCUGCAAAGGCCGAACACAGAGGCAGCUUCGUUGGAUCAGAGAGACAGUCGUUUCGUCCUCCAAACACAACAUCACACACACAGGAGCUGGACCCUCUCUGGUAUGUGGGUAAAGUGACCAGAGGUCAGGCAGAAGGAUGCCUGAAACGAGUCCACAAGGACGGGGCAUACCUGGUGAGGGACAGCACCCGGCAGCAGGCCAAUCAGCCUUUUACCCUGAUGGUCUUCUACCAGGACAAAGUCUACAACAUCCAGAUCAGACAGCAGAACCAGCAGUUCCUGCUAGGAACCGGACUCAAAGUCCAGGAGUCUUUUCCGUCAGUUAGCGAUAUCAUCGGACAUUACUCCCAGUCUCCUCUGCUCCUCAUCGACGCCAAAAACAGAAGCGCCAGCCAGCAGAACCAGUGUCUCCUCUCUGACCCAGCUGGGCACUUCAUGAGCAGACAGAACUGGUCCUGACCGGAUCAAACCGGAUCAAAGCAACCACCAAACUAAACCAAGGAGAAACAGGCAGAGUUAAGAUGAAUGUCCGCCUCAGACAAAAUUAGCAGAUGUGGUAAACCUUAUUCCAAAGGUGGGAUUAAGAGUUUUUUGUGAUGGUGAGUGGAGAAUGUCCGAUUUUUGCACAUUUUGCAAGAUUCUUCUUAUGCUUGUUUUUGAUUAAUUGCAUAUACAAACAACAGUCUCUAGUUUUGUGUCAGCUCUCUGCUUUGGAGACAGUAAGCCUUUCAGUGUUUGGAAAUGUUUUAGAGCUUUUAAAUUAUGAUUUCUGUGCGAUGCUACUUCCAGUGCAUCGUGUUGGAUAAAUGCUGAAUUCCUAAGUAUAUUACAGAUUCAAACUAUGCAUGUUGACGGCGUGUUCAGCUAAGCUAAAUACACUUUUCAUGAUUGUACAUGUUUGUUUAAUCAUGCAGGUGAAGCCACACAAGCUUCCAGUGUUCUUACUUCAUUUUACAGCCUGCAUUCAGUCUGGGACCUUUUUGAAUUCACUGGUUUGUCACUAAGCUGUCCUCAUUAAAACUCAUGAAAGUGUCCUUCAAGCAGAAAAG